AUGUCGAAGCUUCCCGAUUUCAAAGAUUUGCCUGAUGUCAAAGAUAUGCCAAAGGGCUGUGCGUGGGGAGUGUGGGAUAAAGACGGCAAGAAGGAUAUCUAUGGUACACUGAACCUUUUGACUCCGGAAGUGAUCAAGGAGGCAUACAAAGAGGCUAGAGAUGGUGUUUCUGUGUCUUUGAACUGGCCCAUUGGAGCUAUCAAGACGCCUGGUUUCGGGAGAAAAGGUCUGGUCCACAAGGUCGUUUCCUUUGUGGAUAGCCCAUUAGCCUGCCAUGGAUACGAUGACGAGGUGGAGUUCAACACGCAGUGUAGUUCGCAGUGGGACAGUCUUGUUCACUUCCACCACCAGCCUAGUGCUUCUGGGUACAACGGAACCAAAACCAGCGUCGAAGAGCUCACCCAAGCCCACGGCAACGAGGAUCUGGAAGGCAAACUCCCAACCCUCAACCACUGGCACAAGCGUGGCGGCAUGGUAGCCCGCGGCGUCUUCAUCGACUUCAAGAAAUAUGCAGACGAAACAGGCCGUUCCUUCAACCCCUUCACCGACGACAAAAUCUCCGUCGAGGACAUUGAAACCGUAGCGAAGAAACAGGGAGWAGAAUUCAAACAGGGAGAUGUAAUCAUCAUCCGCUCUGGAUUCACCGAGGGACUCACAGGCCAGACGGGCGAAAAGCAAGCGGAACUCAUGGGAGCCCACAAAGUCUGCGGCGUGACUGGUAACCCUGAGACGGCGGCUUGGUUCUGGGACAAGCAUUUCUCCGCCGUGGCUGGAGACAUGAUUGCUUUUGAACAUAUCCCUCCGGUUAUUGAUGGCAAGGAGGGGGCAGUGAGUGAUCUCGUCUUGCACCAGUACUUUUUGGGUUUGUUUGGAAUGAGUAUUGGAGAGCUGUGGGAUUUGAAGCAGCUUUCGGAGACUUGUCAGAAGCUGAACAGGUAUACUUUCUUGUUGACGAGCUCGCCUCUGAAUGUUCCGGGAAGCAUUGGUUCUCCACCUAAUGCUCUUGCCAUCUUUUAG